GCAAAGCUUCAAGACACAAAAAAAGCAAAUAAAAUAAAUACUUCAAAAUUAGAUACAUUUAUUUUAUAUUUUUCAAUUAUAUACCUACAAAAGUUCUGGAAUUGCGCUACUUCCUGUUAUUGGAGCAUACAAGCAUAUGAGAAUUAAAAAUGUUCUUGCGAAAUGUUUCGAGUAACAUCCCGGCUGCGAUUGUCCUCCAGCUUCGUUUUAAAGAUACUAACCCACCGACUAAAGACACCAAAGCAACUCCCCCGGGACCUCCACAGAGUACGAAAUCUCCAUCACCACCACCCGCGGGAACAAAAGGAACCACACCGGUCCCUCCCCAGGGCGCAAAACCACCAAAAUCGCCACCACCUGGGACUCCUCCAGCUCAAAGCAAGACCACUUUUGGGCCCCUCUCAGAUCAAGAUCGCGUUUUUACAAAUCUGUAUGGACGUCACGAUUGGCGGCUGAAAGGCGCGCUAAAGCAAGGUGACUGGUAUAAAACUCGGGAAAUAUUGCUAAAGGGUCCUGAAUGGAUAGUAAAUGAAAUAAAGACUUCUGGUUUGAGGGGUCGCGGUGGUGCAGGUUUUGCCACCGGCCUAAAAUGGUCAUUCAUGAGCAAACCAUCUGAUGGCCGACCCAAGUUCCUUGUAGUGAAUGCAGACGAAGGUGAGCCAGGCACUUGUAAAGAUCGCGAAAUAUUGCGUCAUAGUCCUCACAAACUUGUAGAGGGUUGCCUUUUGGCUGGACGUGCAAUAGGUGCCCGCGCUGCGUUUAUUUAUAUGCGUGGCGAAUUCUACAACGAGGCAUGCAACACGCAAACGGCCAUUGCCGAGGCUUACAACGCCGGUUUUCUAGGGAAGAAUGCUUGUGGAUCUGGUUUCGACUUUGAUGUCUGCUUACAUCGCGGCGCCGGAGCAUAUGUGUGUGGAGAGGAGACGGCAUUAAUUGAGUCAUUGGAAGGCAAAGCUGGCAAACCCCGAUUAAAGCCACCUUUUCCUGCAGACGUUGGAGUCUUUGGUUGUCCUACUACAGUUAACAAUGUGGAGACCAUAUCCGUAUCACCUACUAUUUUACGACGUGGUGGGAAGUGGUUUGCUAGUUUUGGUAGAACUCGGAAUUCUGGUACAAAAUUAUUUACCAUUUCGGGACAUGUCAAUAAACCUUGUAGUGUUGAAGAGGAACUAUCAAUGCCGCUUAAGGAAAUAAUAGAACGACAUGGGGGCGGAGUACGAGGCGGCUGGGACAAUCUAUUAGCCAUUAUACCUGGUGGUUCCUCAACACCAAUCAUACCAAAGAAAGUGGCUGAAACUGUCAUUAUGGACUUUGAAGGCCUUAUGGCUGCAAAAACUUCCUUGGGAACUGCUGCCAUUAUUGUAAUGGACAAGUCUACGGAUGUGGUGAAAGCUAUAGCACGCCUAUCUGCUUUUUAUAAGCACGAGAGCUGUGGUCAGUGCACACCUUGUCGGGAAGGCCUGGCUUGGAUAAAUAAAAUAAUGCAGCGGUUUGUUUCUGGCAGGGCAAAAAUUGAAGAAAUCGAUAUGAUAUUGGAAGUUACUAAGCAAAUAGAAGGUCACACAAUAUGUGCUUUGGCCGACGGUGCGGUGUGGCCUGUGCAGGGCCUUAUGCGGCACUUCAGACCUGAGGUCGAGGCUCGGAUAAAACAAUACGAACAGAAGACGCGAAAAAAACUAACAAUUAAUAGAUGUGAAAGUUCUUAAAUAGAAGAUAUCGAUUCUUUUUGGGAAUAUUAUGACACUCUUGCGAGCUUUGUAAUCUCUAUUAAGAAAUUCGGAAGUUUUGUACAGAUAUUUUUAAAAAAGAAAAACAAAACCUUAGUGAAAUACCGGAA